AAUAAACAAAUAACAAAUUAGCAGCGAUGACAUGUUACUCUCAAGAAUCCCAAGGAUCAAAAAUUAAUUUGCUGCAGGAAAUCGACUAUUCUAAUGCAUCACAAUUCGAUUCACAGAUUCUGGAGUGCCCAAACAAAGAGGUGGACUCCAAUCAGACCACUUAUGGCACGUAUGAUACUUUUUUCAGUUACAUGGAUUUGUCGUUACUCAAUUCGACAAAAAGCCAAAUUUUGCUUGAGGAACAAAGUUCUACCAUUCCUACUAAGAUCAUCACCAAACCGUUGAUAGUAAAUGGAGUGCAAAUAGACCCAGAAGAAAUGUACUUUCGAGAUGCUUAUGAUGGCAAGAUGUUUAAUCAAGUUUUGAAAAUUACCAAUCUGAGAAAAAAUAGCGUGAAUAUUAGAAUAGGACCUCCAUCAUCUAAAGCAUUCAGAUUUAAGCCAAUACUUAUUGGUAAGGUUCUUUCAGCUGGUUUGAGCAUCACUAAAAGAAUUAAAUUAUUAUACGCUACGCCAACUGCGGUGCCCCAGGCCAGUAUGGAUAUUUAUAUUGAUAAUGAAUGUAUUCGGUAUAAGCUUAUAGUGAUACCCUGCUUUGCUCAAAUAUCUGUCUCUCCGAGAAUCUUGGAUUAUGGCGAAAUCGAUGUAGGCAUGGUGUCAGAUAAAAAAAAAAUUAUGAUUCAGAAUAGUGGUACGAAGCAAUCUCAUUUUUCUAUUGAUUUGGGUAGAAAUCCUUUAAAUCUAAUGGUAGAACCUACCAGAGGAACAGUGCAGCCUGGUGACACAAAAUGUGUUACCGUGGAAAUUUUUGGUACCUGCGAGGGAGAAUUUCACCAAGAGUUCUGGAUUAAAACGGAUCCACUACAAAAGGUUAAUGUUCAAGGACGCUUUAUUGAACCAAUGUUGGAUAUAGAAUAUCCCUUCUCAAAUAAAAACAUGUUAAUUCUAAAUUUCCCUAAUACGUUUGUGGGGGUGAAAUUGCAUAGAAACGUUAUUAUCCAGAACCACAGUUCGACAUCAGCAGUGUUUUGCGUCAAUGGCAGAGUUAAGCUUAAUAAAUAUCCUUAUAAACAAGCAGAAGAACAUGACUAUAAUUUGAGGCAGUUUGAAAUUACCCCCUUGGAAGGGCGGCUGAUAAGAGAUUACAGAUUUAUAUUGAAUAUAAAAUUUUGUCCCCAAAAACCCAAGAACAAGUUAGGCUAUUAUAUGUGUAAUGCCAUAGUGGACGUUAAGAAAUUCCAAACUUCAGAGGCAUCUAUAAUCGCUGAGAACCGUUUUAAUGAAAAUCAAAGCCAAGUAUUAGAAUCAAUCUCUGUGACCACAAUUGAUCCAGAAUCUAAUCAAGAAUCAGGCAUGGAUCUGUUGGGCGAUUCUCUUACUAUGAUACUCUAUGGUGAAACUGAACUGCCAGAUAUCACCAUUGUACCCUCCAAACUAAAUUUGCUUAAUCUUAUUUUAUAUAAAAGUACUGAAGAGCCGGUGCAGUUUAUUAAUAAUUCUAAGAGUUUGCCGCUGAUAUUACAAUUUACAAAAGUGGCAAAUAUAGAUUUUGACCCAGUAACCUUUGUGCUUCCCCCUAAAGAAAUCGUUCAGGCCACCCUGACAGUGAAACCCACCGCCAUUGGAGAUGCCAAAACGAGAGUUGCUUUCGAUGUUUUAUUUCAGCAGAAACAAACUUUUAUUAAGUUAAAAACUAUUUAUUUACCGGUGCUAUAUACUGUAACUUAUGAAAGGGAAUAUAAGGGAAAUCAGCAACGAAAACCUGGCUUCUUGCCGGGUAUCGUGCCGAAAAACCAUAACGAGGUUGGCUAUUUAGUUGAAGACGUAAGAUUUAAUACAAAUAUGAAAAUGCCGAAGACUGCGAUUAUUGAUGAGAAGUUGGUGGUAUUUAAUAAAAAUAACGAUGCUCUAAUAGCAUUUCCUAAUGAUCGUCCAAAAGUGCUGAGGCCCUGGAAAAAUCCUAUACCCUGUAAAACUAUUUUCACUCAACUUCCAAGACUAAUUACCCCCGUAGACGUGGACUAUGAUUUGACUCCAGAACAACAACGUCUAAAAGACACUAAAGAUUCUUAUUAUUUAAAUUACAUCAGAAAUCUCUCUAAAAAAAAGCCUCUAUUAACUUUAGAGAGCCUUGAUGAUUAUGAAACUACAAAUAAGAAAAGAUUGUUACUGGAAUACAAAUACAAGAAUAAAGACUGUCAAUCUCAAACUAAAAAGCAAGAACAUAAUCUCUUUAUUCCAUUGACACCGUAUGAGCUUCAGAAAGUUAUCGUGUCUGCACCCUUUAUUCAACUUGGUCGGCUGGCAGCCUUUACAGAAUGCUCAGAUCAAUUCACCAUAGAAAACAAAAACGAAAUGGCCGUGCACAUUUUAGUCAAACCCAAAUAUCGUUCCAUAAGCAUUAUUGACCACGAGUUCAUUCUAGAAGCAAACUCCCAACAUACGGUGGAGUUUAUUUUCCAUUCAGAGCCCGGGGGCACAUAUCAUAUUCCUGUGUUUAUUCACAUUAAUUUUUUUCAUGUUCUGGUUGUGACGGUGUUAGCUACAAUCGUGGCGAACACUGUUCAGUGUGUAACCAAGAACAUUAACAUAAUACCAACUGAGAAAACAGCAAUUUUGGAACUAAGAAACCCCAUUAAUAGUGACGUGGGAUUUACUAUUGACACUGCCUUCUUUCAUUUGGAAGCUUUUCCCCGAACUGGAGUAAUUCCUUCUAAAAGAAACAUGGCUAUAACGAUUACUUUUAAUCCUACAGUUGGCUACAGUCCUGUUAAGGAAAUAUCUGUUAUUUCUGAGAGUGGAUGCAAAGAACUUAUCGAGGUUCGUUUCAGUCAUAAGAAAGCUAAUGUUCAAGUAAGCAAUGAAACUCUUACGUUCAAGGAUAUCCCAUUAAAUACUCCAAUAACUCAAGAGUUGGUUGUGUUUAAUAGGUCUGACCAACUUGUUACACUAACUAUUGAAUACGAACAAGAUUUUUCUGUGCCUGAGCUAACAAUUAAUCCUUCGAAAGCAAUAAUUUUACAGAAAGGGGAUGUUACUUUGGCUGUCACCGUUCUAUUUAAAGAGAUAGUCGAAUUCACGAUUCCAGUUAAGCUAAUCCUACAAUCUGAAUAUGAGAAGGAUAUUACCAUUAAGGGUAAUGUGGUGUCAUCCUUAAUAUCAUUCAAACCAGAUUUAUUAAAAAUUCCAAAAAUUCCCAGCGGUGCCACCCUUAGUAUCCCGUUUAAAAUAAUGAACACUGGGGAUAUUGCAAGCUUGGUCACUUUUCAGCUUCAAGAUUAUCCUGAGUUUGAUAUUAAAACUAGAGCAGGAGAAUGUAUCACUGAUAAAUCUCUAAAUUUAGCCUCAAAAGAGCGUCGUGACCUAUAUCUAGAGUUUCACCCUCAAGAACCAGUGGUUUAUUGCAUUUAUCUCCCUUAUAUGCUUAAUAAUUUUUUUGGUCCCGUGGAGCUAAAUGUCAAAGAAAGCGUUUUAUGCGAUACCUAUAUGAGAAAGGAAGAAAGCCCUUAUAAAAGUCGUAUAAGUCGACCGGUUUCAGAAAAGCUGAAAACCUUGAAAAUAUUAUGCACCGCAGGAUCUAGGUGGCUUAAGUUUAGCGACUUGGAGUUUCAAUUUGAAACUCCAAAGAAAGUGUUGGACGAAUUUGUGAUUGAGAAUGUUAGUGGAACAUCUCAGGAGAUAUGGUUUAAAUUAGAAGAUUUGGAACCGUUUCAAAUCAUCACAGAUUGUAAGGAUGAAACUGUUCAAAAUAACCUAUUAAAGCGGUUUAUGGAGCCCAAUGAAAGUUGGUCUUUAAAUAUUCGGUUUGUACCGGAAGUAUACGGAACGUUUGCAGAAGAAGUCCCUAUAUUCGUAAAAGAUCAUUCAGAAACUAAACCGUUCAAUCAUUUGACUUUAAAUGGAAAAAAUUUAAAGCCUCGUACCAUUAGUGACGUUAAUUCGAUUUAUUUCAUACCAUCGAAAUAUGGCAUUAAACAAUUCAGAACGAUUACUUUGGAUCUGUUGGGUCAUACCUGUAAUCAUGCCAUAAUGCUUGAACAUAAUCAUUCAGAAAUUGAAUUUUCUUUGAAAGGACAGGAGCACAAUGAAUCCAAAAGCGUUUUUCGGUACGUCGUUAAGUUUGCGCCCACUAAAGACUGCUUUAUAGAAACCUCAAUUAUAUUUUCAUGCCCUUGUUCAGUAAAAACCAAAGUCAAAAUUUAUGCGAGUGCAGACAAAGCCGCUGUAGUAAAUUUUAUGUCAGAGUCUAGCAUAAUUAAAGAUUCCACUUAUCCAUACUUUCCAAUCGAAGAAGAUAAAUCACCUUAUGCAGAAAUGUUGCGCAACCUGGUUUCCAUCAUGGAAAGAUGGAUUUUUACUCAAGGUUUUUUUUACACGAAUUAUUAUAUUAUUCCGGAUACCAUUGCUAGGUACCCAGUUGAGGCAUCUGAAGAAAAACCUGCUGCAGGACCUUUGGGUAAAAAAGAGUAUCCUAACCUACCAUUGGUGCAAUUGCUCAUUAAUUUAAUAAACAAAUCUAUUAUGAAAUAUAUUGAUAAUAAUCUUAUGCCGUCCAAAGACCCUCAAAACAAGGCUCUUUUCUGCUAUGUGACCUACAGAAACGCGAUUUCUUUUAUGAAAAGUCAAGGGAUUCGUGUGGCCGGAUUAAAGCCUCAGCAUUUGCUUACGUUUGCCGACUAUACUGAGUAUAAAAACGGAUUUAAAAGUGAAGAGGAUGAUGAGGAUUUUGGACAGGAAGAAUUUUCUCGGUUCAGUAAGCAACGCUGGAUGGACUUGUGUUUUACUAUCUAUAAAGUCCUAGUCCAAAUAAGAAUAUUGUAUCCAAAAAAUGACUUAAUGUCAUGUAACGCUGCAGGAGAGACUAAUUUUAUUAAACAAGACAGUAAAGAAUUUCAUCAGUACUAUAAUGAUAACAUUAACCGGUUCCCUAAAUUAUUGGAUUGUGACGCUAAAAUAGUUUUGUGGCUCGAAUACCAUUAUAAUCGUCAAAGACAGUUACUAUGGCCCAACGAAAAAUUUAAAAACCCCACCCUAUUCAAGAGUUUUUUUAAUUUAGGAAAGAGUUGCUCCAUAUGUUUCAGUGUGGCUUUAGGCACCCUCACUCUGGCUUACUGUCCCUAUUUAAUAGAUUUUCUGAAUGAUAUGUACGCUUUUCCCAAGACUCUAGAACAGAACAUGCACAACGCAUGCAGGGUGACCCAAGCCUGGAAAAUUCUGAAGCUUAGCUUCGAGGUUCAUCCGCAGACCCUCGUUGAUGCUAAAAUCAUUAAAAUCAUCUUCAUAGUGAAUUAUCUUUAUGAAGUCUUGCCACAUUUUUAUCCUAUCAAUGAGGUGUCAGUAGAGGCGCCUCUAUCACAAUCAGCUGUUUGUAGUCUAGCAAUUCAAAAUUGCGGUGAGAUUCCUGUGAGUUACAGUGCCUUUUUUUAUGGUGAAGAUGAGAGCUUGUUUGAGUUGGAGAGUCAAUCCUUAAACAUACCACCCAAGAAAAGCAAGAAUUUAAACCUUACAUUUUUUGCAAAAAAAGUUCUUAAAGCCUCGAUUAUACUCGUCCUCUCGGGCGAAACGACCGGGCACCAAUACGCCCAAAGUCAAGCCGUAUCCAUCACAGGGAUGCCUCAAACCUCCUCUUCCGACGAAAUUAAAUUAAUGGUAGAAACGUACAAAUGGACGAGACAAAAGAUCCCCAUUAAAACCCCUUACGGGCGAAAAAAUUACGUGGCGAAAAUUUAUUAUUGCCUGGAACAACCCAAAUCGUAUGCCGAUAUGCAUUCGUUCGCCUCGCUGCAACAAAAUUAUAUACCCAGGGAAAUCGAUAUACUGAAUGGCGAGUGCGAGUUUAGCGAUAAAGGUCAAGCCGAUAUAAUUCUACGUACCUGUUUCCUAUCCCAUGGAGUCAUGCGUUUCUAUCUCUACUUUUGUAACGAAACCGUGGGCGAUUUCUGUGUUUUAGUUACCAUUAUUGCAAACACCAAUAAAAAUAAGGCAGAAAUUAUUACCAUAAACUUAAAAAAUCGAGACUUCAAAGAGCCAUGUACUUGCAAAAGAGGUUUUAAUUACAACUGUCCCAAGAUGUUACUGAGCUACAUACCCUGCAAGAAUUUAGCCUUCUGGAACUGCACAAAGAACAUGAUUACAAAAUUCCUUACACCCGGAAUUGUAAAGAUUUUUGAGAAGUACUUUGACACUCCGAUUGUAUUUCGUCUUAUGAGGUUCUAUUUGGAGCGAUACCCUCAAGGUUUCAUGCUGCCCAGCAUCAUCUACGAAGACAAAGCAGAGUUUAACAUAAAUCUUCCUGAAGGUUACUCAUCACCCUCACCAACCCUUACCAUAAACGACGUGUUUUCAGAGGAACAACUGGUGCCUUUAGUUGUUCACUGGAAUGGUACUGGUAGGCCCAAAGAAUUAUUGGUAGAGCUCAUGAAUGUAAAUAAUAUGGAAGUGAGGUAUUAUAAUUUAAUCUUUCGGGAUGACCCCGAGACACGCCAGAAUAUCAGGGAGAGUAAAGGCAGUAAUUUUCACGUUAGUUAUAGUAGUAAGGAGGAUAGUAAAAGUGGUGACGAAAAUAAAACUUAGCUUGUGUAUCUAUUUUUUUUAAAUAAAGUAUUUUGGAUUUUA